AUGCACCAGGCUCUCAAGAGGUUCCAGGCUCUAUUGAAGUACCAGGCUCCUCUGAGAUUCCAGGCUCUCCUGAGACUCGCCGCGACACGCAGACACGAGCGUCCAGAGAGCGAAUACAGCGACGGUGGCGUGUUUGUGUUCUUUACGCCUGGACAUUUGGGAUCGUGUAGGAAGGGGGUCAUCAUGUACCUGCUCCUGUACGGAUUCCUGCUCCUCAUGGUGGAUCUCUCAGCGUCCUCGUCCUCGUCCCACGCCUCCACCUCCUUGACCCCUCAGGAUUUCGUGGACUGCGUGAGGGCGAGCGAGGACUGUAACCUGAGCCCCCAGUGCAGCCCGCAGUUUCGCAUCAUAAAGCAGUGCCUGGUGGGCAAGGACUGGAGCUCCAUGCUGGGCGUAAAGGAGUGCCAGGCGGCGCUGGAGGUGCUGCAGGAGACGCCGCUGAUGGAAUGUCGCUGUAAACGGGGAAUGAAGAAGGAGUUGCAGUGUCUGCAGCACUACUGGAGCAUCCACAUGAGUCUUAACGACGGUGAAGAUUUUUAUGAAGCCUCUCCGUACGAGCCGAUGCCUCCGGUCCAGCUCUCAGAGGCCGUCCGCCUGGCGUCCAUCAUCUCCAGUAUCCACACUGGUACAGGUAAAGGUCAGCCCCACUGCUCCGACCCCUCUCGCCCCUGCAACCCCUGUCUGGAUGCCACCAAAGCUUGUAACCUGAACGACAACUGCAAGCGUCAGCGCUCCAACUACAUCAACACGUGCACAAGCAAAGGAUGUAACAGGAAGCGCUGUCACAAGGCGUUACGCCAGUUCCUGGAGCGGGUGGAUCCUCAGUACAGCUUCGGCCUGCUCUUCUGCUCCUGUCGGGAACAAGCCUGCGCUGAGAGGAGGCGCCAGACCAUCGUCCCCUCCUGCGCCUACGAGGACAAGACCAAACCCAACUGCCUGCACCUGCGCGGUACCUGCCGCAACGACCCCCUCUGCAGGUCCAGACUGGCGGAUUUCCACACCCAUUGCCUGAUGGGUCACGACACCAUCAGCACCUGCCCUGACGACAACUACCAAGCCUGUCUGACCGCGUACACCGGUCUGAUCGGAACGGAUUUGACCCCGAACUACGAGGACUCUAAUCACACAGACUUCACCAUCUCGCCCUGGUGUAGCUGUAAGAACAGCGGUAAUCAGGAGGGCGAGUGUGAGGAGUUUCUGCGGGACUUUAAGGAGAACACUUGCCUACGAAACGCCAUUCAGGCAUUCGGCUACGGGACGGACUUCAGAUUAGCGCAUAAGUCUGACGCGCCGCUGUCCACACCGUCGGUGAACCCUCACUCAGGAGCUCAGAACAACCCCACCGCCAACCCCGUCAUCAUCACGCAAACGUAUGAGCCUGAACAGGAGGCCAGUAUGAACAGGAACAUGAACCGGAUCGACGGGCUGAGGAUCCACGCCAAGGUCUUGAUCCUCUCCCUGAUCUUCGCCCUGGUGGGAAACCUCGCCGCCUAAACCCUGCCGAGCCCCGCCCGAGGUCCCGACCGCGAGGACGAGACUAUAGCAGACCCCUCAUCGAAAAGACCGAAAUCCCUUCGCUUGUCUGUCUGUCGUCUUUCUACUGCAGCUUUAUUUCUAUCUGAGAAAAAAAAAUGAGAGAGGAAGUGAGACGCCUGAGAGCUGCAGCCCAAAUCCAGACUGAUUUAGAACGGAAGGAUAAAAGAACCGGACGAUACCGACUCCAUCGCUUCGUUUAAGGUGGCGCUGGACUGAUUUUCUUCUCUGUGCUUCACUUUUAUGUUAAAUCUGCGUCCUCUCUGGACGGAGCUGCAGACGAACACGGUUUUUCAGCCCAGGAACCGAUUUUCAUCAUAACUGGGACCCAUCAUGACCUUUGCACGCCCUACAUUCCACUCCACAAUAUUUAGGACACCUGUGUUCCUGUCGUGCUCUUACAUGUCCUGCCUUUCACCCUUAAUUACAUCAGGCCAGAUACCACCAUGAUUUUGGGAGGAUGGAUCCUAGAGAUCCCGUCACUCUUCCAUCACCAAGAGACGUUAUAUACACCGAUCAAACCACCUCCUUGUUUCUACACUC